CCAAACAUUUCAUCCGAUUGCGGCGUGAAGUGACGAAGCUUUAUCGUGCUACUUGUGAAAAUGUUCCGUAACCAGUACGACAGUGAUGUGACCGUGUGGAGUCCGCAGGGUCGUUUGCAUCAAGUGGAAUACGCGAUGGAAGCGGUUAAGCUUGGAUCUGCCACCGUGGGAUUGAAAAAUAAGGACUACGCAGUGUUGAUCGCUCUGAAACGCGCCUCUUCCGAAUUGUCCUCGUACCAGAAAAAAAUCAUUUCUGUAGAUGAUCAUCUAGGGCUGUCGUUUGCCGGUAUUACGGCCGACGCUAGGAUCCUAAGUCGCUAUUUGCGGCAAGAGUGUCUUAACUAUAAGUAUGCUUACGACGCGUACUAUCCGGUGGGCCGAUUAAUCAGCACACUUGGAAAUAAGAUGCAAGUGUGCACACAGCGUUAUGACCGACGCCCAUACGGUGUGGGGUUGUUGGUGAUUGGCUACGAUGAUCAAGGUCCACAUAUUUACCAAACUUGCCCCAGCGCCAAUUUUUUCGACUGUAAAGCAAUGUCGAUUGGGUCACGCUCGCAGAGUGCACGAACCUAUCUGGAAAAGCAUCUGAAUACGUUCGCCGACUACACGAAGGACGAACUAAUUCGCCAUGGGGUGCAAGCUCUCCAAGAUACCUUGCCCAACGAAGUGGAAUUAAACAACAAGAACAUUUCCAUUGCGAUCGUGGGCAAGGAUGAAAACUUCAACAUACUGACCGAGCAAGAUAACGACAAAUAUUUGAGCAACAUUGUUCGGCGGGGUGGUGGUGCUGCGGAGGCAGCCGCUGGCGACCAGCCCCCGAGAGAUGAUGGAGACGAUCAGCCCCCAAACGUACCAGCGGAUCCGAUCCCGGUCGUUGCGAUGGAGACGUAAUUGACAUAAUGAAUCCGUGCGAUUUUGAGCAGCAGAGAGAGCCAUCUAUACAUCUUAGAAUCAUUGGAUCGACUUCAAUGCUGCUUUCCUCUAGCGUCCUUGGGAUAAUGGGUGGGAGUUUGAGAGGAUAUCGGGCAGAACUCUCACCCUAAAACUUUUCAAACUCUCACCCUGAAAACGGUUAAAAGAAAAUUUUGUAUUCAUCAAAUGACAUUUAAUUGUCUUUUCUUUGCCUUCAAAUUUGAAUAAAACGGAAGUUAAUUGCUGUCUUAAUCAUUGA